AUGGCUGCACUAAGUUGUCUAUUGGACAGUGUAAGAAGGGACAUAAGGAAGGUGGACAGAGAACUAAGGCAAUUGAAAUGCCUCGACGAAUGCACGCGUUGCCUCUGCGACUUAUACGUGCAUCCUUAUUGCUGUUGUGAUUUACAUCCAUACCCGUAUUGCCAGUGCUACACAAAGUGCUCACGUGUCUGUGGGCUAUGUGAUCUAUAUCCAUAUUGCCUGUGUGAUAUCAAGCUAUUCUGUCUUCGACCAUCCAUCAGAAGUUUGGAGAGGAAAGCCAUUAAAGCCAUUCUGGAUGAAAAGAAAGAACUGACCAAACUAAGAAGAACAACAAACAAGAUUCUGGCAGCAUCCUGUUGCAGUAGUAACUUACUAGGGUCAAUCAAUGUGUGCGGCUUUGAGCCCGACCAAGUCAGAGUCAAAGUGAAAGAUGGAAAGGUGUUUGUGUCAGCGGAACGUGAGAAUAGAUACGAUUGCCUAGGAUCGAAAAAAUACAGCUACGUGAACAUCUGCAAAGAGUUUACCUUGCCCUCAUGUAUGGAUGAGAAAGACGUAAUUUAUUCUUACGGACUUGGCAGUUGUGUGAGCGUUGAAGCCCCUUGCCUUCCAUGUGGUCCGUGUGACUCUUGUAAUCCAUGCAACCCCUGCCUCCCCUGCAACCCCUGCAACCCCUGCAACCCUUGCAACCCUUGCAACCCUUACAAUCCUUGCAACCCUUGCAAUCCAUGCAACCCGUGCAACCCGUGCAACCCCUGCAAUCCGUGCAGUCCAUGCGAUCCGUGCAGUCCUUGUGAUCCGUGCAAUCCGUGUGACCCAUGCAAUCCGUGUGACCCAUGCAGUCCUCCAUGCGAUCCAUGCGACCCCUGCGACCCAUGCAGUCCAUGCAGUCCAUGCGAUCCAUGCAAUCCUUGUGAUCCGUGCGAUCCGUGUGAUCCAUGCUAUCCAUGCGGAAGCCGAAUUUCCUACCGGAAGAUCAUAACGUAG